GGUAGUUUACAAAACCGAUCGAGAAAAGAGCGCGAACGAUGCCUCCCAAAAAGACAAAUCAAAAGGCGUCGCUGCAGGACCUGCUCGCGAACCUGACUGUGCAUGUGACGAACGAGGAGCACGAUUCGGUCGUCGCGGUCGCAGACAAAGUGCUUGCGCAGAACCCGAGCGAUAGCAAAGCGCGCAAGGCCAAGAUAAUCGCGCUGGUCAAGGUCGAUCGGUACGCGGAGGCGCUUGCUGAGCUUGAAAAGAGUCCGGAGGAGAAAGGGUUGGAGCUCGAGAAGGCGUAUUCGCUGUAUCGGCUGGGAAAGUUGGAGGACGCGAACGCGGCGAUUGACAAGGCUGUUGCUGGCGAGGUUGGCGGUGCUGCGCUGCGGGGAUUGAAGCAUUUGAAGGCUCAGAUUGCGUAUCGACAGGACAAGUUUGCAGAGGCAAAGGCGAUUUACGAUGACCUCAGCAGCGGUCCGUACAUGGUUGGAGGAGAAGACCACGACGUGCUGGUGAACUCGCUCGCGAUCCAAACCCAGCAGCGAUGGUGGAACGAGGACGUCGAGCCCACGCCGGCGAUGUCUGCGAGCUCACACGAGCAUGCGUAUAACCUUGCGACGCUCAAGAUCAGCGAGCAGAAAUACGAUGAGGCUUUGAAGCUUCUUGCUCAAGCGAAAGAAAUGGCGCAAAGCGUGGAUGGUCUGUCUGAGUCUGAACUUCAAGAUGAGCUGUAUCCGAUCCUAAUCCAAGCCGCGUACGUGCACAUCCUGCAAGGCGACUCCACCGCCGCCUCCGAGAUCCUUUCCGGUCUCGAAAUCACGAGCGCGACCGAACCUCUCGUCCGCGACCUCGUGAUCCAAAACUCGCUCGCCCUCGGCACCGACGCGACAUACAACCUCUCGAACCCGCACGUCACGCUCCGGCAGCUAGACUCCGUGCAGCAGACCGCAGCCUCAAAGUCCGCGUACAUCAAGUUCCAGCGCAAGCUGAUCUCGCAAAACCGACUCAGCGUCGAGUAUCUCGCGGGCAAAGAGUCCGCCGUCAAACGCGGCAUCAAGCGGCAUCUCGAAGAGUUCCCCGAAGACGAAGGCGUGCGCAUGCUUACUUUCCAACCCGCGCUUCUCGACCCGUUCGCCACGGGCGGCAAGUACUCGUCCAAGAACGUGCUCGGCCGCGCGCUGAAGCGGUUCGCGAAGGAUAAGUCCAACGUGGCGCUGGGGAUCGCGAUCGUGCAGUUGCUGCUCGAGCAGAAGAAGAUCGAUCAUGCGGCAGAGAUUCUGGAGCAGAUGCAGAAGAGCGGAGUGCCGCGGUACCCUGGGCUUGUUGCGGUUGAGCACGAGGUUUUUGAGUUGCAGGGACGGAGGGCGAAGAGUGUUGUUGUUGUAUGAGUGUAUAUUAGUCUGUUGUAGAUAAUAGAUCCUUCACCCAUUUACUAGACCUUUUACUGGUCAUACUAUUUGCUUAAAAUCAAU